AUGCCGAAGAACAAGGGAAAGGGAGGUAAAAACCGACGUAGGGGAAAGAACGAAAACGACAAUGAAAAGCGCGAACUCGUCUUCAAGGAGGAGGGCCAAGAAUACGCCCAAGUAGUAAAGAUGCUCGGAAACGGUCGUCUGGAAGCCCAGUGCUUUGACGGCGCCCGCCGCCUCGCCCAUAUCCGCGGCAAGCUGAGGAAGAAGGUCUGGAUCAACCAGGGUGACAUCAUCUUGCUCUCGCUGCGCGACUACCAAGACGAGAAGGGCGAUGUUAUCAUGAAGUACUCUGCCGACGAAGCCCGUUCAUUAAAAGCUUACGGCGAACUCCCCGAGAACGCAAAGAUCAACGAGACAGAUACCUACGGCGACCAGGGCGACGAGGGCAUCGGUUUCGAAUUCGACGAGGACCGUGAUGAUAGUGACUCGGAUGAGGCUGAGGGUGGUGGCAAGAAGGAAAUUGAUAUUGAUGAUAUUUAA